CCUUGGCAGCAGCACGGACGGGCUUGGGAUCGGUCCUUGGCAGAUAGUGACGCAGUGCUCCCCUGCUUUGCAUGUGUGCGGCAGGCAGGUUUCCAAGGAAAACCAAGGGAAGAAAAACUGAUUUGGCAGCGUGGUGCCAGCUGGUGUGCCAGACACAUAGGACCCAGCUCCUGCUCACCACCAGCAGGAUGAAGCCUCCCCAAGGACUUCACUCCAUGGCUUGCUCCCCCAGCGCAGAUUUCCCCUUUCCCAUUCCUCCCUUCCCCACAAGUCUUAUCUACACCUUCCUCUGCUAUUUUGCUCUUGGUCACUACCAGCCCUUGCCUACCUAUCUUGUCUUAUCUGACCCCAGUCUGUCCCUGUCCUGCCCAGCCCUUUCCUGGAAUCAUGGUUGCUCCUCUUUCUGUUUCUGUGCCACUCACCCACACAGAGAUACUAUGUCCUGCCUUCUCUGUGCCUUGGCUCUCCCUGUCUUGGAGCAAUCCUGGAGCUCGUCUCUGCCCCCACCUAAUGAGGCUGCUGACUUUAAUCCCAUGGACCCACCAACAAAAUCACCAGUGUUACCACCAUGCCCUGAUAUGUGGGAGAGCCCUGGGGGGACACAGGUGGCAUCAUGCCAGAGUGGGGCCUGGGGUGGAUCUGUCACAGUCCACUAGUUCUACCUGUCAGGGACAGGGUUGGUGGAGCAGAACCAGAGCUGGAGCACCCAGUUGUCAAGGCACAGACCUGGAGCACCCCGAGGACGGCCGUGCCAGCAUCUACCGCUCCGUCAUCAUCAACACCUCCAAGGAGAUGAUGUGCUUCAGCGACUUCCCCAUCCCUGAGGACUUCCCCAACUACAUGCACAACUCCAAGAUCAUGGAGUACUUCCGCAUGUACGCCCAGCACUUCGACCUGCUCCGCCACAUCCGCUUCAGGACCAGCGUGUGCCGCGUGUCCAAGCGCCCCGACUUCGCCAGCAGCGGGCAGUGGGAGGUGGUGACGGAGAGCGAGGGGAAGCAGGAGGCGGCCGUCUUCGAUGCCGUGCUGGUGUGCAGUGGGCACCACACCAACGCUCAUCUCCCGCUCAGUUCCUUCCCAGGGCUGGAGAAGUUUGAGGGCUCAUACCUGCACAGCCGGGACUACAAGAGUCCUCAGCCCUUUUGGGGAAAACGGGUGGUCGUGGUUGGCAUUGGGAAUUCAGGCAUCGAUAUCGCAGUGGAGCUGAGCCACACAGCCAAGCAGGUUUUCCUCAGCACCAGGCGAGGGUCCUGGGUGCUGCACCGGGUGGCGGACAAUGGGUACCCCUUCGAUAUCAGCUACCUCAGUCGCUUCAUGCAGCUCCUCCAGAACCUGCUGCCUCAAAGUAUCAAGAAUUUCUUCAUGGAGUGGAAGCUGAAUGCUCGUUUUGACCACACCCUCUAUGGCCUAAAGCCCAAGCACGGGAUCCUUGACCAGCACCCCACUGUCAACGAUGACCUGCCCAACCGCAUCAUUUCAGGCAGGGUGCGGGUGAAGCCGAACAUCCAGGAGUUCACAGAGACAUCUGCCAUCUUUGAGGAUGGCACCAGGGAAGACGUCGAUGCCGUAGUUUUUGCCACAGGUUACAGCUUCUCCUUCCCGUUCCUUGAGAGCUGUGUGAAAGUGGUGGAGAACCAGAUUACCCUCUACAAAUUCAUGUUUCCCCCUGAGCUGGAGAAGCCGACGCUGGCUUUCAUCGGCCUCAUCCAGCCCUGGGGAGCCAUCAUGCCCAUCUCAGAGCUCCAGAGUCGCUGGGCCACCCACGUCUUCAAAGGGCUGCAGGGCCUGCCGCCGCCCGCCGACAUGCUGGCCGAAAUCACACAAACCAAGCAGAGAAUGGCUCAGCGGUACGUGCAGAGCCAGCGGCACACCAUCCAGGUGGAUUACAUCCCUUACAUGGAUGAGCUCGCCUGCCAGCUGGGGGUCAAGCCCAACCUGCUCUCCCUGUUCCUCACGGACCCCAAGCUGGCCAUGGAGGUGGCCUUCGGUCCCUGCACGCCGUACCAGUACCGGCUGCGGGGCCCGGGCGCCUGGGCGGGAGCCAGGGCCGCCAUCCUCAGCCAGCGGCAGCGCGUGGUCAGCGCCCUGCAGCCGCGGGCCGCCCGCCGCCCUGCCCGCUCCAGCGCCGUGCCCCGCGUCCUCACCGUGCUCUUCAGCAUCGGCAUGAUUGUGGCCACCCUCCUCUACGUCUCGCUCUCUCCUUAG